GUGGGCCGACAGGAUAGCAGUCGAUGCCAAAGUCUGGGUGCUCUCUCUGUGCCCUCAGGUAAGCGCUUGUCCUAAAACAGUACGCGACAUUUAUCACAAGGACCCGAACAAACAGCUCUGCGUGGAUUUAACAAUCAUAUAAUCUGCUGUGGAUGUCAAACUGACAUUUUUUUACUAAUCCCCGAGGCGUAAAUUCUACGAAACUCAGAGCUCUGGUCAGUCUCCAGAAUGUUCUGGAGGAGUCUGGCCUCCGCUAGGUAACAGAGCACAGAGGUGGUGUGUGGAGUGGAGAUGGUCUCCUGGGCUCCCCUGCUGCUGACAUGCUGCAUGUGGAUACAGACUCCCACAGCCUCCCAACCGUCCAGCUGUCCUAGCAGCACUCGAACGGAAUUGGACUUCACCGUUAACUACCCCUUGCCCUACUUCCAGACACAGAAGCCCAUACAGAACAUAGAGGUGAACGCCUUUCCUCCCGAGGUUUACGUGGCAUCCCAGAAUGUGAUCGAGGCUGUGAACCGAAGCCUGAGCGCGCUAUGGCAGCUGCGGACAGGCCCGGUGGGCAGCGCCGAGUGUGACAUCUGUCACCUGUGUGGGGUCGAGACUGACCCCGAAGACCCGGCAGACACAGACAAUGAGGUCCUGCUGAUGGACCCAGGGUAUCUGCCCUAUCUGUACCACUGUGGGAGCUCCCAGCAUGGGGUCUGUUACUUCCUGGAACUGAACGAGGACGGUUUGCCGCCUACUCCGAACUGUCUCUUCAGGAAGCAGGCCAACUCUCCCUCCCACUGUCCUGACUGCGUGGCCAGCCCUCUGGGCACCAAAAUCAACAUUGUGGAACAAGCCCGAACCACCUAUUUCUUUGUGGCGGCGACUCUGGACGAGCGCGUGGCUUCGAGGUACGGCCGGCCGUCCAUCUCCGUCCGCCGUCCGCUGUCCACCGAGGACGGCUUCGAGACGGUCACGCAGGGCCUGAGCGUCUUGCCCGCCUACCGGGACUCGUACCGCAUCGACUACGUCCACAGCUUCUCCACGCAGGACUACGUGUACUUCCUGUCGGUGCAGCGCGAGAACCCCGCGAGCCUCUCGCCGUUCCAGACGCGCCUGGGACGCCUGCCGCUGAAGGACACGGAGGCAUGGAUGUACCGGGAGCUGAUCCUGGAGUGCGUCUUCAAGUCCAAGCGGAAGCGGAGGAAGAGGCAGAGUCAAGGGGACGUGGUGUUUAACGGGCUGCAGGCGGCCCACUUUGGGCAGGCGGGGACGACGCUGGCCGGAGAGCUGGGGGUGGAUCCGAAGGACGACUUCCUGUACGGGGUGUUUGCGGUGAUGGAUGCGGGUGGACGGACCCACAGGAAGUCAGCCCUGUGCGCCUUCUCCAUGGCCAACGUGAACUCGGCCAUCGACGCCGGGGUGGAAGACUGCUGCAGCAGGGGGAAGGAGCAGCUUUCCAGAGGACUCAACCACUUCCAGCCCCCUGAGAGCUGUCCCCACGAGAGCACCGAGGACAAAACCUUGUGCGCGAGCCAACCCACCCUGGUCUCCCAGCCCUUUUACAGAGUGGACCUGUUAAACAGUCAGAUGAAAGACGUGCUGCUCACCUCCAUCCUGGUCACCACCCUGGAGGAUCACACCCUGGCGCACGUUGGCACCGACGACGGCCGCCUGCUACAGGUCAUCCUGACCCGCUCUAGCUACACUGUUUAUGCCAACUACUCCCUGGGAGACGCCAAGGUGUCCAGGACCGCUGCCGUGCUCCCGGGAUCUCCAGAAGUCUCCUUGCUCUUUGUGGUUGGAAACAAGAUGUUCAGUGUGUCCCCCACGGGGCCAGGCUGUAAUCACUACCUCACCUGCUCCGGGUGUCUGAAUGCUCCUGGCUUCAUGGGCUGUGGCUGGUGCGCGGGAUCCUGCUCCCGGCAGCAGCAGUGUGAGGGCGCGUGGAGCGACUCCUCCUGCCCGCCCCUCAUCACCGAGUUUUUCCCAAAGACGGCGCCCCCUGAUGGUGAGACGGUGCUGACGCUGUGUGGAUGGGAGUUCCAAUCUCAUUCCACCAGGAAGACCCACCAGGUGAGAGUGGGAGAGACCGCCUGCACCUGGCAGCCAAGGAGCACCAGUACACAGCUGGUGUGUAAACUUGACCGCCAGACUGGCAUGCCUUCCCAGGACCUCAACAUCACCGUGGAGGUCCGUGAGGCGGAGGGUCCCUUCUUCAUCCAGGGCCAAGCCCACAUGCAUGGCUUCUCCUUUGUGGAGCCCACUAUCAUCGAUCUAAAGCCAGACUACGGACCCCAGUUGGGGGGGACACUGGUCACAGUGUCUGGACACCACCUGAACGCUGGGAACAUCCAGACGGUUAUGAUUGGUGGUCGAAAAUGCCUGCCCAAAAGUGUCUCGAAGGGCAGUGGGGCGAUGGCCGACAUUGUCUGCUUCUCCCAAGCCUCUGGAGAGGUGGGCGAGGCGCCUGUGAAGGUCCUCAUCGACAAGGCUGAGGUUUCAACCAGCAAGACGUUCCACUACAAGCACAAUCCCGAGAUCACCGGCCUUCACCCUGCCUGCAGCUUCACAAUGGGAUCCAAAAUCGUUAUCACGGGCCAGAAUCUGACCUCAGUGAGCCAGAUAGGGAUCCAUUACAGAUCCAACUCUUUGGAGAAGCCUAUUCAUAGGCUGUGCCAUGUCACGGGGAACGACACGCUCGUGGAGUGCCGGGCCCCUGUCUUCCCCGGGAACGCGGCGGACAAGGGGGAGAUCUCCUUCGACAUGGACGGGGCCAAGGGUCGUCGCAAGACACCUUUCGUGUACUAUCCCGACGCCAGCGUCAUAGCCUUCGAGUCGGAAGGCCACGUGCUGCGCCUGAGUCCAGGACAGGACGAAGUCUCCCUGCACCACGCCAAGCUGAGCCUGGUGAAAGAUUGUAUGAAGAUCAGUAUGACCAUCGGAGAGGUGGACUGUAAGGUCCAGGUUCUGGAGAACGAGCUGACCUGUAGGAUUCCGAAAGACUUGGUCAUCCCCAGUGAGGGUUUGGCCGUCCAGGUGACCGUGAAUGGGGUUGAGUAUAACGUGGGUAGAGUGGUGUUGGUCAACCACACCAUAGUGAAAGUAGGCAUCGUACUGGGCAUCUUGGCAGCCAUAGGAGUGGGUGCUGCCAUUGCGUUCAUCUUCAUGAAACAUCUGAAGACCAAACAGAAAGCCAAAGUUGAGACCCGUUUGUCAAGAUUGUCCUCUUAUAGAGGGGUGGGCUUCAACAACAACACGAGUCCUACAGGCGACUACAGACGAGACUUGUCCAGCCAGACGUCGGGUUCGGGGGGCAUCUCUUUCCACGGCCUCCUCUACGCCGCCAACUAUGAACCCCUGUCCGUGCCCAUGAUGCCCCAGGACAGGGUGUCUGUGGCCAGUAUGGGCCCGGAGAUCCUGGAGGAGGUUCGAGACGUGCUGAUCCCAUCCGAGAUGCUCAACGUGCAGCACAGCCAGAUCAUUGGAAAAGGCCACUUUGGGACGGUGUAUCACGGCUACCUGACUGUCCACAACCAAGAGAUCCACUGCGCCGUGAAGUCGCUGAACCGGAUCACCGACCUGGGGGAGGUGGAGCAGUUCCUCAGAGAGGGUAUCCUGAUGAAGGGGUUUGACCACACCAACGUGCUGUCUCUGCUGGGCAUCCUGGUGCCCGAGGAGGGGCUCCCCCUGGUGGUGCUUCCCUACAUGAAGCACGGGGACCUGCGGCACUUCAUACGCUGUGAGAAGAGGAACCCAACCGUGAAGGACCUGAUUGGCUUCGGCCUGCAGGUUGCCAAGGGGAUGGAGUACCUGGCCCAGAAGAAGUUUGUCCAUCGAGAUCUGGCCGCACGUAACUGCAUGCUGGAUGAAACCUACACCGUUAAGGUGGCCGAUUUCGGGAUGGCCAGGGACGUGUUCGACAAGGAGUACUACAGCGUCCAAGAUCACAAGAAGGCCAAGCUGCCUGUCAAGUGGAUGGCCAUCGAGAGUCUGCAGACCCAGAAGUUCACCACCAAGUCCGACGUGUGGUCUUUCGGGGUGAUGAUGUGGGAGCUGCUAACCCGAGGAGCCAGCCCCUAUCCUGAUGUGGACCCCUACGACAUCACCCACUUCCUGUUGAAGGGCCGCAGGCUGCUUCAGCCCCAGUUCUGCCCUGACGCUCUUUACUCCGUCAUGAUCCAUUGCUGGGACCCUGAGCCGGAGUUCCGACCAAACUUCAACACCCUGGUCCAGGAGGUGCAGGAGAUGCUGUCUUCCCUGGAGGGAGAGCACUACAUCAACCUGAUGGUCACCUACGUGAACCUAGACCAGCCCCGCCCCUACCCAGCCCUCACCAACUCCGCCGAUGAGGCCGAGGCUUCAGACUCAGACGGCCAGGUCUUCACCUGAGAGACACCCAGAUCCCCCCCAAUCCCCCAACAACCAUAAUCCCCAGGAUAACCAAGACUGUCCAGUCCACGGUACCCAAGACCAGGCCAGUGACAGAAGGGAUACUGGAUCGUGACAUUGGGUCCUCGGGUAAGGGAGGGGCUUCUAAGGGUUCAGGCGACUGACUUUUCAGCUCUCCACAUGCACACGUGUUGCAGCAGUCUGCUGUGAGGACCUGGAGGCUGGGACGUGGUGUUGGUCUGCACGCCACGGGACCCACGUGGAGACAGGAACACUUGGGAGAACAUCUUAUUAAAUGUCUGAAGAAGCACAGCUGUAAAUGAAUGCGAACGGAAGUCCGACAUGUUUGUUUAUUGUAAUUGUAGACUUGAUACUAAAUGAAUUUGUGGACAUUGUGGUAUUGACACCAUUUGACAGGGUAUUUGAGUAUCCAUCGAGCUUGUCAGGAUAGGGAACAUCUAGUUCACUGAUACAUUGCUGUGUUAAAGAGCUGGUCCCUUGCCUAUACUGACUGACAACUCAGGGAGUCUGUUUGUGAAUGUUAGAAAAUGUCCCCAUUUUGGAGAACUGUACUCACAUUCUGCACUAAAAAUAUAUUUUGAUUUCAAUUUAUAAAGGUUUUGCAGAUAAUUGUGUGGGAUUUUCAAAUGUGUGUCACAAGCUUUAAUACUUGUUGUUCUCUGAGUCGUCCACUAGAGAUCAGUACCAACCUUUACUAGUCCACUGUCCCACUGCAGUAGUCUAUGCGUCAUAUCAGACCCCAGUGUGUCCACAAUGAACUUGUUAUGUGCUUACUUGAAGAUAUGUUACAAAGAAAAUCUAUCACCUGAAAUGACUCCUCUGGCUUUAUUUCUUAUUUCUCCCCUUCAGGAUGUUGAAGAUGUUUCAGUUGGGAUAUUAGAAUUUAGUAUUCAAAUGUGUUAGCUUCACAUGCAAACAUAAGUAUGCCUUACUGUUAACUCAUUUGGACACAUGAAAAGUAAUCAUAAAAUGUGGACACAUUU